AUUAAUAGGAAAAAAUGACAAAAUUAUAGUAUUAUAAUUAUAUACUGUAAAAGCUAGCCGAGGAUUCAACAUAUUCUUGUUCGAUCGAUGUUUAGGACGAAGGAGCACGAGAAGAUCAACGACAUGUUCGACCGAUUUUCCAAGAUAGUCAACGAUCUUCAUGCAUUAAAGAAGACUUACACCGACAGGGAUCUUGUGCGAAAGAUCCUACAGAGCUUGACAUCCGAAUGGCGAUCCAAGGCCGAUGCCAUCUAUGAGUCAAUCGGCACAUCAAAUGUCACCAUCGACGGUUUAAGAGUCGGGAACAUCAAGAACAAAUGCCCAAAAAGCGGAAGGAAUGCUCGUCACUUCAAAAAGCAAAGAGCAUACAUCUCGUGGGGUGGCGACUCCGGCGAUGAGUCAAGCGAGCAAGAGGAAGACAAAGAAGCAAACCUUUGUCUCAUAGCUCAAGAAGAAGAUCAGAGGAGUCCGCCAACGACGAAAACCAAGAGAUACCGCUUAUUAUCUAUGGGCGAUGGGAAGUUCUACUCAUCGCUGUUCAAGCCUUGGUCCAACAUUAUCACAAGGCAUAAUGCCCUUUACCAGCGAUGGGAGGGCAUACCCAUCGCUGGAGGCCUUGGAGGGAGCGGGGGCUGGUGCCCGACUUGGUCCUGCGCCAGCUCUGUCACCGGACUUCUUCCAGAAGGUGCUAUCUUGGAUGAUCCAAAUCUUCGUCAUCUUCGUAUCCGGGCCAGCGAUGUGAAUGUCGGAGGCAACAAUGAGAUCCAUGAUGAGGAAGGCGUAUGGCAGGCUCCGCUCGGUAGCGAUGGAGGCGCAAUCUGCCAUGUGAAUCAUGACGUAUUUUGCCCAAUUGAUCGAGGCGCCAUGGGUGAUAGCAUGAACCGCCUUGAGAUCUUUGUUGAAGAGAGAAGUGUGGCUACUGUCCUAGGGGCGAAGAAUCCGGGUAAGGAUGUAGAGAAGAAGACGCUUCUCCAGCGGGGCUGAGUGGAUUGUUGGCGCGCCGCUGUGACGGAUGAGGUUGGUGAUCCCAAGCUCUCGGAUGACCACCGCCUCGUUGUUGAGGAUCCAAUCAUCGCCGCCAUAUGUUGCGAUGUCGUCGCCUCGGAUGGGAAGCCCUGCGAUUCGUGCAAAGGUCGGCAAAUCAAUCUCUAUGUCGUAG